AUGGGACUUAAAGCAGAGAAUGUGCUAGACGAAAUACAGCUUGAGUAUGCCGGUUUGUCAGUUGAAGAAGUCGAGAUUAUGCGAUUGUUUGAAGGGGAGCGAGGCAAGAAGGUGGUCCACAAGAUCGACCGACGACUAAUCACAGUUAUGGCGAUUCUUUACUUGAUGUCACACAUUGAUCGCGCAAAUAUUGGAAAUGCGUCUAUUGAAGGUAUGCCGCGUGACCUUCAAUUAACAGGUAAUCAAUACAAUGUUGCGUCAACAAUAUUCUUUGUACCUUAUAUCAUUUUCGAAAUCCCUUCUAACAUGGUGUUAAAACAUGUGCGACCAAACAUUUGGUUGUCCUUUCUCGUGAUCAGUUGGGGGAUAACCAUGACCUGCAUGGGCGCAGUACAGAGCUACUCAGGUCCGCUUGCAUGCCGAGUCAUGUUAGGAUUAGCAGAGGCUGGAUUUUUCCCUGGUGCCGUUUUCAUCGUCAGCAGCUGGUACAUACGUACGGAGCUACAACAACGUCUCGCCCUAUUCUAUACCGCAUCGGCUUUUUCCGGCGCUUUCAGUGGCCUCCUCGCCUAUGCGAUUGCCAAGCUUGAUGGCGUGGGCGGAGUUGCUGCCUGGCGCUGGAUCUUCCUUCUCGAAGGCGCCGUCACGGUAACUAUAGACCUGGUGAUGCCUUUCAUCAUCAUUCAGUCCCCCGAACGAGCAAACUGGUUGACUUUGGAGGAGAAGAGAUUCGUUGAUAUCCUUCUGCGUCUCGCUGGCGUCCGAAGUGCUACUGAAGAAGGCGACAAAUUCUCUCGGAAGCUGCUGUUUCAUGCCAUGUUUGACUGGAAAGUCAACUUGGGCAUUAUUAUGGCUUGGGCAAAUGCAGCACCAUCUUCAGCAUUCGAAUUCACAUUGCCCAAGAUUCUUACCGAGUUUGGAUAUACGUCAUCGAAAGCCCAGCUUAUGUCCAUACCGCCUUACGUUGCCGGUGGCAUCUCUUCGUGGCUCGUUGGUCGCACUGCGGACCGCUUCGCUUGGAAAUUCCCAUUCGUUGUUGGUCCAAUGUGUGUGCUGUUGACUGGAUUGGCUAUUUUGUAUAGUUCAUCCAAGGAUCUUGCUGCUCAUGUCCCUGUCAUGUAUUUUGCAGUUAUCUUAGCCCAAAUUGGCAUAUACCCUCUACUACCUGGUAUAUCGGCUUGGAAGGGCAACAACCUGGCGCCAUCUUGGAAGCGUUCUAUCGGGCUUGCGUGGAUGCUUGCAGCCGGCAAUUUUGGGAGUUUGAUUGGAACCAAUAUCUUUUUAGCUAAAGAGGCACCUGUCUAUACCACUGGCUAUGCUACUUCAAUUUCCAUAGUUUUGUUGGCGAUGGUGGCCGCAAUACUGCAGGAAAUUCUCCUUUGGCGAAAGAACAAAUGCCGAGCCGAAGUGUCGGGAGAUGAGAUCAGAUCUCAAUACACUCAGGUUGAACUCGACGCUCAAGGGGAUAGAAGCAAACUAUAUCAUUAUACACUCUAG